AGCAGGAGGUUGGACUUGACCGCUUCGUGACUGUUCCGGUAUGAGGGUGUCGCCACGUGCCUUGUCCCUGGGCCGCAGCCUUGCACAUCCACCGACCGGACACGUUUGGGGCAACCAUCUCGUAUCCCUACGCCGCAAAUACUUAACUGCCGGAGACCCAGCAGGUCUUUUUUAGGCUUCCAUAAAGUAUUGACUGAGGCCUUUACGCUGGAGAUGAGCCCAUGGAGUCUCCUUUGCGCCCACCACCUCCGGGUGCCUCGUCCAACUUUCACAAUCCGGAUUUCCUGGGCAUGCCAGUGAUAAUCGCCGCGAGUGGUUGCAUUCCACUGAUUCUUCUCUUCGCAACCGUUCGCAUUUAUGCGAGGAGGGUUAUAGUUCAGAAGUGGAAAUUUCAAGAUUAUGCCUUUUGCCUCGGCUGCCUCGUCGGAUUAGCUUUCAUUGCAUUCUCGAUUCCGCUCACUCUGGCCAAGCCGUAUGGCUACCAUGUCUGGGACAUAAACGUCCAGGAGUUGACCAAGGCAUCGAUGCUCCGUCUCCAAAUCUCCGCAAUCGUCUUGGGCCCCGUGCUCUGGCUUACGAAGAUGACCUUGUUUUGCUUCCUGAUUCACAUUUUUGGUUCCGCUCGUUGGUUCAAGAACAGCGCCUAUAUUGGCAUUGUCGCAACCGGGCUCGUCUUUUCACUCUACACCUGCACAGUCACCAUGGCGUGCGCACCGCGCCCCGGAUCCGACGUGCAGUCAUACAUAUCCGGUUUCCGACGGGAUGCGUGCUCUUCGCCGAAAGGGCUGAAUAUGAUUGUGAGCGUCAUCGCAAGCAUUGUCAACGGCAUUACCGACUUGUUCCUCUUGACGGCUGCAAUUCUCUUGAACUCUUCGUUGAACCUACCUAUCGAGGAGAUGCGCGGCAUCUAUCUAAUGCACUUAAGCGGAGUCAUGUAAGCAACCCCCAAUCUUCGCCUUGUCGUAUGCAUUACUGACUUUUCUAGCGCUAGCGUCUGUGGGUUCUUGGGUGUCGCCUACCGUAUCAAGUCUUUCGUCUCGGCAGACAU